GUGGUUCCAGGAAGCAAGAUGGCGGCGGGGGCUGCUACGCCGGCUUCCCUGGAGUCCGCCCCGCGGAUCAUGCGGCUGGUGGCCGAGUGCAGUCUCUCCAGGGCCCGAGCAGGCGAGCUGCGGCUGUCGCACGGGCCGGUUGCCACUCCUGUGUUCAUGCCAGUGGGCACUCAGGCCACCAUGAAGGGCAUCACAACCGAGCAGCUGGAUGCCCUGGGCUGCCGCAUCUGUUUGGGGAAUACCUAUCAUCUGGGGCUGAGGCCGGGCCCUGAGCUGAUCCAGAAAGCCCACGGUCUCCAUGGCUUCAUGAACUGGCCUCACAACCUACUGACGGACAGUGGCGGCUUCCAGAUGGUGUCCCUCGUGGCCCUGUCUGAGGUGACCGAGGAGGGUGUCCGAUUCCGCUCCCCUUAUGAUGGAGAAGAGACCCUUCUGAGCCCCGAGAGGUCCGUGGAGAUCCAGAACGCGCUGGGCUCAGACAUCAUCAUGCAGUUGGACGAUGUGGUCAGCAGCACUGUGACCGGCCCGCGUGUGGAAGAGGCCAUGCAUAGGUCUGUCCGCUGGCUGGACAGGUGCAUUGCAGCCCAUCGGCGGCCCGACAAACAGAACCUCUUUGCCAUCAUCCAGGGCGGGCUGGACGCCAGUCUCCGGGCCACCUGCCUUGAAGAGAUGACCAAGAGGGACGUGCCUGGCUUUGCCAUUGGCGGUCUGAGUGGCGGUGAGAGCAAGGCGCAGUUCUGGAAGAUGGUGGCGCUCAGCACGUCCAGGCUGCCCAAGGACAAGCCCCGCUACCUGAUGGGGGUCGGCUAUGCCACUGAUCUGGUGGUCUGCGUGGCUCUUGGAUGUGACAUGUUCGACUGUGUGUACCCCACACGGACGGCGCGCUUUGGCUCUGCCCUGGUGCCCACCGGGCAGCUGCAGUUGAAGAAAAAGCUGUAUGAGAAGGACUUCGGCCCCCUAGACCCUGAGUGCCCCUGCCCCACCUGCAAAAGGCACACCAGGGCCUUCCUGCACACCCUGCUACACAGUGACAACACAGCCGCCUUGCACCACCUCACCGUGCACAACAUUGCCUACCAGCUGCAGCUGAUGAGCGCUGUCCGUGCCAGCAUCGUGGAGAGGCGCUUCCCUGACUUCGUGCGCAGCUUCAUGAACACCAUGUAUGGUGACCAGAGCCUUUACCCACCCUGGGCCACUGAAGCCCUGGCCUCUGUGGGCAUCACACUGAGCUGACCAGGCUGUGCUGAGGGAACUUGGGGUAGAGGAUACUGAUGGAGUUUUUUAAAUGUCUUUUAAAAAAUAUUUU